AUUCAGCUUGGUGGCGCGCGGCGGGGAGGCUACCGGUGGAAGCGUGAGCAGCGACAGCAGCGGUGGCGGAAGUGGCCGGCGGCUUAGAUCCCUGCCGACACCAUGAUGGGGAAGCCGAGGCCGGAGAGGAAGGGGACCCGCCGAAGGGCCCGGUGGAUGCAGCAGACUCCCGUUGUCACUGCUGAAGACUGCUCAGAAUCACCCCAUGUUGGUAGAGCUCAAAAAUGGUGAGACAUACAACGGGCACCUUGUAAGCUGUGACAACUGGAUGAACAUCAACCUGCGAGAGGUGAUCUGCACGUCUAGGGACGGAGACAAGUUCUGGCGGAUGCCGGAGUGCUACAUCCGAGGCAGCACCAUCAAGUAUCUGCGCAUCCCUGAUGAGAUCAUUGACAUGGUCAAGGAAGAGGUGGUGGCCAAAGGUCGUGGUCGCGGUGGUCUGCAGCAGCAGAAGCAGCAGAAAGGCCGUGGCAUGGGGGGUGCUGGGCGAGGUGUGUUUGGCGGCCGGGGCCGAGGCGGGAUCCCAGGCACUGGCAGAGGCCAGCCGGAAAAGAAGCCGGGCAGACAGACGGGCAAACAGUGAGCAGCCCUCGGCCCUAGAGACUUGAGCACCCCUACUCCAGGCUGCACGCCUGCUCCAGUCCACCAGUCUGUUCAGAACGGAAAUGAGGCAGGUGUUGGGGGACCCCCACCUGCAUGUUUUGUUAUCCUCUUCUUUAUGUCAAGUCCUUUUUUUAACCCAGCAUUUCCACAGUUGGAAAUGUUAUUUGGUGUUUUAGAUUUUGUGAAGUUGCAGCCAACUUGAUUCCUGGAAAGUUCUCUGUGUUAAUGUAUCUUUAGAGCCCUCGCCCUUGUGGGUUAAAGGGGCCAUUUUCCAAAGUUUUGUUUUGUGUCUCUUGUUGGAGCCCUGUGUGGCAGGCAGACAGGAGGUUUUCCCUUUUUUAAGUUCUCUACGCAGAGAUUGACCGUCCACGGAGUUUUGCUGAAACAGACCUGCAAUUGUCUUCUCAGAACAGAUCUGGACAGACAUGUGCCUCAAAAGCUGUUGUGGGGAUGUGGUUGGGCCCCGCCCCUUUGCGUCCUCUCUCCCUCUUCGUGUUACAAAAAUAAAAACAAAACAACUGCAAACCCUUAA